ACGCCUUUGCUUGAACGAGGGGUCACGAUUUGCAGAUGGUCCUACAAGUGUUUGGUCGCAACGGGUGGAAUGUAAGUGGGUGGCAAACUGGCGAGCGUCUGUCUUGACUAGCUUGCCUGCCAUCCGUUGGAUGCUGGGAGGGGCUUGAGCGGUGACACGUCAGAGACUAGCGGGGACAGAACGCGGUCUGUCUGGCCUCCUCCGCGCGAGUAUCGCUAGAUGGAAGAAUUUGGGGAGGGGGCAGCAGCAGCAGCGUCCGUAGGUCACCUCUGAAAGCAUCCCCGACCCAUCACAAUCGUUCGCUAGAGAGUGCGUCCGCAGAAAGGGCAGAUAUAACAACAGCGUUUGGAGCCCCGCACGGCCAGCAUGAGAUUCUCGAUGUUGAUCUCUCUCAUCAGGCCGAUAGGUCCGGUUAUCGUCGGCAUCUCGCUGGGAUUCACCCUGAGUUUGCUCAGCGUCACUUGGGUGGACGAGUCGUGCGAGUCGGACGGUAUUGCCGCCUCGGAAGACAUUUUGCUGGGCCAGCCGGGAAGUCUGAAAGGAGCCCGAAAGCCUAGCUCGAUCUCCACCAGCACCACCGAAAAUGGGGACGCCGAGGAGGACUUCGAGCCGAGAAUAGUGCCUUACACGAAGCCAGCUCAGCCUGGCCAGCCCAAGAAAGUUUUCAGGGCCAAGUAUGCCAGUACAGAACUGGGCAUCAGGGAGCGGCUCUUCGUCGGAGUCCUCACCUCCAAGGCCACGCUGAAUUCCCUGGGUGUGGCUGUCAACCGCACCCUGAGCCACCACUUGGACGGCCGGCUGGCAUUCUUCACCGGCGGCCGCAACCGCAAGGUGCCGCAUGGCAUGCUCGUGAUCACCCACGGCGACGAGCGGCCCGUCGUCGGCAUGUUCCAGACGGUCAGCUUCCUGCUCGAGCACCACGUUGACGACUUUGACUGGUUCUACCUGGUCCAGGAUGACGUCUACACGCAACCGGACCGGCUCAAGGCGCUGGUGGACCACCUGAGCAUGGGUCGUGAGCUGUACAUGGGCCGGCCGGAGGAGUUCAUCGGAGGGGAGGGACAGAGCAGGUUCUGCAGUGGGAAGGUCGGGUACCUGCUCUCGCGCGCCCUCCUCCUAAAGAUCAAGCCCUUCCUGGAUCACUGCCGUGACGACAUCGUCAGUGUGCGGCCGGACGAGUGGCUCGGCCGAUGCAUCAUCGACUACACCAACACCAACUGUGUGGACGAGCUGGAGGGUCUGCAGUACAACUACUUUGCGUUGGAGCCAACCUUCGAUCUGAGUCAGGAGGAGAGCAGAGCUUUCCAGAAUGCCCUGUCCGUCCACCCUGUGUUCAAACCCGAUCAGAUGUAUCGCUUGCAUAAGCACUUCACUGAGAUCGAACUGCAGAGAACCUAUGAGGAGAUUGAGAAACUACAGGCAGAGAUAAAGAAUGUGAGUGAGGUAGCCGUGGAUGGGAACCGCAGUGCGCACUGGCCCAUUGGCGUGUCACCUCCCUUUGAGCCAAAGACGCGCUUCGAGGUCCUGCGUUGGGACUACUUCACCGAGGAGCAGCUGUACGCCUGCACUGACGGCUCGCCUAAGUGUCCACUAGAGGGUGCUGACCGUCUGGACGUGGACGACAUCAUCCAGACGGCGGUGGCCGAGCUCAACCGCAAGUACGCGCCGACGCUGCACCUGUCCAAGAAGCGGCUCAUCAACGGCUACCGGCGCUUCGACCCGACGCGCGGCAUGGAGUACACGCUGGACCUGCAGCUGGACGCGCGCACCGAGGCCGGACACAGCGGCCCGCUGGUGUGUCGCGUGCACCUGGUGCGUCCGCUCAGCCAGGUGGAGAUCAUCCCCAUGCCCUACGUGACAGAGGCCACCCGCGUCCACGUGCUGCUACCGCUGGUCAGCUCGGAACGCGCCGUAGCGCUGCACUUCCUUGACCUGUACGCGUCCAACCUGUUCGAGACGGCCGAGAACGCCGUGCUCACCUUCCUGUUCAUCUACGACCCGCUUGAGGCGCAGCGCGUGGCCCAGAGCGACAUCUUCGCCGAGGUCAAGGCCAAGGUGGCGGCAUACGAGCGCAAGUAUCCAUCGGUCAAGGUGCCCUGGAUCAGCGUAAAGACGGAGAGCCCGGCACUGCUUCGUGUGCUGGACAUCGUCUCGCGGAAACACCCGGUCGACACGCUCUUCUUCUUGGCCAUGCCGGACACAGUGGUCACCACCGAGUUCCUCAACCGCUGCCGGAUGAAUGCUAUCAGUGGCUGGCAGGCCUUCUUCCCCAUGCACUUCCAGGACUACGACCCUGAGGUGGCCUAUCACGAUCAGCCGCCACCGGCCUCUCCAGACCUGGUGCGCGAGGCCGGGCACUUUGACCGCUACACCUUCGAUGAGGCCUGCUUUUACAACGCAGACUACAUGGCAGCCAGGACACACAUGGCUGCGGACACCCAAGAGAGCCGGGACAACGACGAUCUUCUGGAAACGCUGGACGUCUAUGACGUGUUUGUCCGCUACUCCGGCUUGCACGUUUUCCGCGCCGUGGAACCGGCUCUGCACCAGCGCUACCGGAACCGCACCUGCAACCCGCGUCUGAGCGAGGACUCGUUUCACCGCUGCGUCCAGAGCACGCUGGAGGGCGUGGGCGCGCGGUCGCAGCUGGCCACGCUGCUGUUCGAGCAGGAGGCGGGGAACAGCACCUGAGACCGCACACCUUGCUCCGCCUGAGCAGAACCAUGCCGUCCUGAACGUGCCCCACUUUGACUCUACACUCCACACAAUAGUGGUGGGACACGUUUCAUACACACACACGCACACACACACACACACACACACACACACACACACACACACACACACACACAUAAAAAAACUGCAGCAUGAACAUGGUCAAGCACUGCCACUGUUACUCAAUGCAACUGACUCCCCAUGCUUUCAACACGUGUUCAAGAAGGAGCACCUGUUUCAGCAGGACACCAUAAUUACGCCUCUCCGCACAGAGCCAGGUGGCACACCUGUUUUCUCACUCUCUCUCUCUCUCUCUCUCUCUCUCUCACUUGGACAUGGCCACAUAACUUUACUGCAAUUUCAUACAUACCAGGGAUACCUACUCGAAUGUGUGCGUGCCACAUAUUUUUUGUACUCUAGCCACAGCCUUGGCCACUAAAAGCUUUAAUCUCCACUAUUCUGAGCGCUCUCCUUGACGCGUACAAACACAACACAAGUGCCCUGGAUUACAGGCGUCCUCCCUUGACUCCUAUUCACUUUCCCGCUGAAUAAGACUUCAGCAGAACGGAGAUGAAAGGAGCCGUGACGGGGUUGCCAGGUCUGACGGGUUGCCAGGUUUGAGGCUCAGUGGCUCAGCUGACCGCUUAGCCUCAGCUGGUAAGUGCCACCUCAGCCAAGAGUGAUGGUCAGCACUUUUUUGCAGCCCUAAUGGAGAGACAGAAGGCAAAGCGAAGGGGCAGCACACACAGAGAACAUUCUGGAAGCUGAGGUCCAUGAAGGGUUGGUCAGCAGGAGCGCAAGGAGUGUGAAGGAAUGCAGAACAGCAUGAUGGGGGUGAAAGUGGGGUUGGGGUGGGAGGACUCCAGCUGUCUUUAGUAGUUGGCAAAAGUGAAGUGAAAAGUUAUCAGUUUGCUACACACACACACUUUCGUUUUGACUUUCGGUUGGCCUCAUGGAGAUGUAUUUCACCAUAAUGCUGUGGUUGACUGUAGAGCAGUGGUUGCUGGUGGCAGCUACAGCUUUUGCCCCUAUAUAGUAGCCAACUCUCAAAUGGAUCCAGGCCACAUGUGGCCCUGAUGUGAGCCUCAUCUGGGCCAGAUCCAUUCCAGACUAAGCAGCUAUCUGGGAAAAGCAUUUGUUUCAUAUUGCCCUAAAUUAUCAGUGCCUUUCAAUCUAUGUGGGGCUUCUCCUCCAGGCUGCUGUUAUUCUAUGUAAAUUAGAAAGAAGAAUACAAGAAUUGUUUGUUUGUGUGUGUAUAUGUGUGUGUGUGUGUGUGUGUGUGCGUGCCAGCUUUUCACAGCUGUGUGUGUGUGUGUGUGUGUGUGUGCAUGCGUGUGUUUGUGCUUGAGCUUCAGUGUCAAAUAUACAUGUAAAUGUGUGUGGUUCUAAGGUGAUUAGAGUUUGUAAGAGAUUGCACAACGUGGAGUUCAAACUCUACUUAACAAGUGUGUUAAGAUUCAUCCCUUAAUAACUUGGGUAGAAAAAACAUCUGUGGGUCCAGUUUAUGUGGUAAAAUGCUUCUCCCAGUACCAACAUGUGGUGGUCUCCCACUUAUUCUGGUGAUUUUACAGUACAUUACCUUCUACGGCUGUUCAUUUUGAGUACAUAAUUACUAUUAUUAGACCCCUGUGUGCAACGGCUCACACUUGUUAUCUGCCAUGGUCUCUAUGGAAUGUAAAAUGUGUGUUAAAGGAGUACUUUAGCUGGAGGAAUAAAUGACACAGACUUUCCAUUCACCUCUCAUCCAGAACACGUGAUACCUUAAAUUGAUCCGUCUUCCAACCUUUGUUGAAGCAAUGAAGGGUCGUGGCUCCAAGGUGGCAUUUGUUUAGGAGUUUUACAAUACAAUGUAAAAUACACCUAAUUGUGGUUUGGCUUUAGAUGAAUGGAAAUCUAUGUUCAAACGAUUUCUCACCAGACUUGACCAAAAAAAAACAAAAAACCUGUUUGGAGGCACUUUUAAUACUAUUUCUCAAUUAUGACAGUUUCCAACUAUUGAAGAAUGGUUUAUGGUAUUAUUUCAGACCGACCAACCCAAAGGCAAUCUGUUAAAUAAAUUAUGCUGAAAGAGAUUUUAUGAUGUGGAUAUUCCCAGCACUGGGGCCCCCAAAGAAUCUGGUGUUGUCGCUCUAUAAAUAUUAUGUAUAGUGAUGUGAAAUAUAUAUAUAUAUAUUAUAUAUAUAAAUAUAAAUGUUAAAUAUUUACUUGUAAAGGUGACAUUUUUUCGUAAAUCUGAGAACUUGUUAUUAUAAAUAAACCAUAUUUAUUACAAA